CAGUGCACUUCCUCAUACAUGUGCACUUGCUACUUCAGUUCUACAAUGAACAGCCACUCUGAUCAGCUGUGGAUGAGAACUCUUUAAGCUGGAGUUUAUUCAGUAAGAAAUAAAAGUAAAAGGCAUUAGCACUGGAUCCAGUAAAUGAAAACAUUUCUAUCUUCUCAGCCAAGAUAAAUGGACAAGACAUCACAACAAGCACAGGCGGGCUCAGAACAGCCACUGCCUCUAAACACAAGGAGGAGUUUCAGCUUCUCAUCUCUUCGAAUGAAAAAAAGGCAUAACAGUUAUGACGGUGGCGGGUUUACACGGCGGAGAGGGUUGCUGUCGUUUUCAUCAGUGCGAGAAUCAUCGAGAAAGGAGUCCACGCCAGAUGAAGAGGGUGCCUCACAGCUAUACAACUUUCAGGACCAGAUGAAGAAGACAGGCAGGAAUGAAGGUGAGCAGCCGAAAGGUAACCAUAUCCCUGAUGUCGCUGCGAAACACAGCAUCCCAUCAGGUGAUGAUGAAGGUGAACGACAAGGGGCCCUCAAGAGGUUUAGUGCCAUGUGGUCCUCCUUCCGCAGAGGCAAACGAGACAGAGUCAAAGACGCUGAGCCGACAGAGCCGCAAGGCCCAGUGGAGGCAAACGAGACAUCCAGACAGCACCGCUACGUCAGUGGGCAGUACUUCUUUGAGUAUCUGGUGGUGGUCAGUCUCAAGAAGGCCAAGGGCAGCAGCAGCUACGAACCUCAGAUCACCUACCAGUUUCCCAAGAGAGAUGGGAUGGCGAGAUUUCAGAAGGAGGAGGAGGAGAAGACGCUCAAGGCAAUCACUCUCUUCUGUUUCCCAGAGGGCAUCAACUGGGCCCCUUUGACAGAAUACCACAGUGAGACCUUCUCCUUUGUCCUGACUGAGAUUGAUGGCAGCAGACGAAAUGGGUACUGCAGGAGGUUACUGCCUGGAGGGCAAGGAGCUCGACCACCUGAGGCUUACUGUAUCAUCAGCUCGCUGGCAUGCUUCGGCCUCUUCUCCAAGAUAUUUGACGAAGUGGAGAAGCGGCGGCAGAUCUCCAUGGCCAUGAUCUACCCAUUCAUGCAGAAGCUGAGAGAGGCUCCAUUCCCAGCUCCCGGAAACACUGUGGAGAUUAAGAGCUUCAUUCCUGAGUCGGGCACUGAGAUCAUCAGUCUGACCCGGCCGUUGGAUUCCUGGCUGGAACACGUUAACUUCGCCACGCUCUUCAGCUGCCUGAAAGACGAGGAGGUGUUAGUGGUGUUCGCUGCCGCUGUCCUGGAGAGGCGGAUCGUUUUCAUUGCUGAUGAACUGGGCACGUUAUCCCAGGUCCUUCAUGCAGUGGCAGCCCUCCUCUACCCCUUCACCUGGCAGCACACCUUCAUCUCCAUUGUUCCAGAGAUCCUGAUCGAUGUGGUGAUGGCACCCACACCCUACUUGCUGGGAGUCCAGAAACACUUGCUCGACCUGGUCACUGACCAGGGUGAUCUGCUGGUGGUCGAUUUGUCUGUGGGUAAGAAGGAAACCUUCAUCGUGUCCAUUGGUGAUGAAAGCUCCAUUCUGCCCCCGAAACUCCAAAGUGAAAUACUUGCGGCACUAAGUCACAGACAAGAAGCACCAUCAGUGGAGGAGAUGAACCGGGUUGUAUCAGAAGCCUUCCUGCAUUUCUUUGUGAAAACAGUCGGCCACUAUGCCUCGUAUGUGAAAUACGGCCGUGCUGGAGAGCCCGGAGUGUUUGAAAAGAGAAGUUUCUACAAGGCCAUUGAGUCCAAGACCACUCGACACUUUGUCAAGAAAUUUAUCCAGACGCAGAUGUUUGACCUGUUUAUCCAGGAGGUAGAGCAACAGCACCCUGGUCCGCAGCAAGGAAUAUUUCACACAAAGAUCCUUGAAUACCAAGAGAAGAAGAAAAGGGAUAAGGCAAAGAAACACAAGCUCUGAGCAUGGGACCCUGGGUGUAUAUAAAGGAGAACAUAGGAACUGAUGUGAUGUGUUGCACUGUGUGUUUCGUUCCCUUUGUCAGUUUGGUUUUAAAUCAUUAUGUACGAAUGUGUGAAUUACUGUAUGGCUGUAUGUUGCUGCUACCCUCUGAAACACUGGCAGAAUGAGAGACUACAGUUCUAUGUGUUGGUUCUAGUCUUUCACUGAUGAGCAGGAGAAUCAUUUCCAAAUAAAGGCUACUUUUUUAACUCCACAUACUUGGUGAUUUUAGGCAACUUGGCCCCAGUGGCUUGAAGGCUUUCCAUAAACAAAAAUGCAUAUGUAGCUGAGUAAUCAACUCUAGUUCCCGCUUAAAAGAUGAACAAGAACUGUAUCUGAGUCUAACUGGGUUUGUGUUGCCAAAAGACCGAUAUAAAUACAAAAGGGCAAAAUAAAAUUCAAAUGAGAUACUU